AUGGAGGCGCGAAGAAGGGGCGAGGAACCGAUGCCGCGGGAAUACACGCGGCGUCGUUUCGAGCUCCGUCAGAUCCUAAUGGCGAAACGGAAGGGACGCCUGGAAAAUCCCAGUGCAGGGCAUGCCACUAUAGCGGCGAUAAGGCCCGUUAUGGAGGGUUUGCUAGGGCGCCACCAUGUUGCCCUAUCAUUCCGGCUGACGCAGAUACUAACCGGACACGGUUGCUUUGGUAAGUAUUUGUGUCGCAUAGGUUGGGAGCAAUCGCCCGGUUGCCACCAUUGCGAUGACUGCCUCGAGGACACGGCGCAGCACACCUUGGAGGUGUGUCCAGCUUGGGCAGGGCAGCGCCGUGCCCUCGAAAAUAUGGCAGCUGGUGACCUUUCGCUUCCAACUAUAUUUCAAAUUAUAGUACAGAGCGAGUCAGCGUGGAAUACUGCUGCCUCUUUUUGCGAGGAGGUGAUGUCCGCAAAGGAUGCGGCGGAGCGAGACAGAGAAAGGACAUCAACACUCCCCUCUCGCAGGAGACGAGAGCCGGGUGCCGGAGAGCUACCAAUGACCUCCGGCCUCCAUGAGUUGUAG